AUGUUUUUCCUAAUUGCUGGUUCUUUUGUUUCAGCUGGUGAUAUACUUUAUAAAUCACUUAACCCAAACAACUUCGAACAUGAAGCUCUUGGCCCAAUUCCAACUCUCGUUCGUUAUUUCUCAUCUCACCGCGCAAAUUCCCUUGCUCUUGAUGAACAAUGGGACUUCCUUUCAAUGAUGUUCGACGGUGUUGAAGGUAUUAAGGUCGCUGCUGUUAACUGCGGCAAGUUCCACUCUUUUUGUUAUAAAAUGGGUGUUUCAAUGACUCCACAAAUUCGUCUUUACAACCAAAGUGGCGUUUCCAUUUAUGAUGGCGGUAUGUCCCAUGAGUCUCUUGCUCGCUGGACUACAGGCCUUACAGGUGCUCGUCCAAAGGAACUUCCAUUCGCACUUAGGAAGCCAAAUGGCCGUGUUUUCAAGGAGCUCAUCAACAAGACACACUGCGUCUUCGCCAUGUUUUACAAUCCUUCAUCUAAAGGAGAUUCCGGAUUCCUUGAAGCCAUGCGUAAGGUUGCUGAUGCUUUCAGAUAUGAUGACCGUGUCGAGAUUUGCGCUAUUGAUACAGAUCUUUACAAAUUCUUCAAUUGGGACUAUGAUCUUACAUUUAUGCCAGAUUGCCGCCUUUGGUGCAAGGAUGAAACAGAUCCAAUCAAGUACGAAGGCCACAAGACAGCUGAUGAUUUAAUCGACUUCAUUAACGAUUAUUGUGGUACAAUGAGAGGUUUGAAUGGCCGUCUCCACGCUGAAGCUGGCGUUAUCGAUGAAGUUUCCCAAAUCGUCGAAGAUUUCAUUACAAAAGGCCGCAGACCACAGUAUAUCUCAGAUAUGGAACAAGUUGAAGGCACAAAGUACUACGUAACAGUCAUGAAAGAGGUCAUCGAGAAAGGUGAAUCCUUCAUUACUGAGGAACGCGAACGUCUUAAUAAGCUUCUCGACUCAAACCAGUUAUCUCCAGAUAAAAUCGAUGAAUUCCAGAUUCGUGUUAACAUCUUGAGUGUAUUCGCACAAUACCUUGAUGAGUAA